AUGAUGCUUGUGACGGCCGGCAUAUCACCAAAUGUCAUGAAUGAUAUUGUCGGCCUAGAGCGAAGGCACCAAGGGCUUAACCCCGCUGAUGCACAUGGAGUGACACGUACUUUGCUGAGUGAUGUGGCUGGUAGUAGCGCAUCACUGACGACUAAAAAUAUCAUUUAUGGUGUUAUUGGCCAUGGCCCUGAUAGUCAGGAGCAUCACCUUGCUGAUGUAAGUUCAGCGGCACAUGAACCACUGGGUAAAGAGUGUGAGUUAUGCAGCUCUUCACCAGAUGUCGAAUGUGGACAUCGGCUCUUUGAUGGAACAACAUAUUGUUAG